AUAAUUAUAAUGAAAUGUUUCACAUAAGGCACCAGAGAGAUACACAAUUUCAAAUUUACCUUGAUGUUUUAUCGUGAUGAAGGCAGUAUUCGGGCACCCUCAGCACGCAGGGCCAACCUCAGUCCACUAUGGCGGCGCCCCGUGGAACCGGUGGAACUCUGAACUGUGAGGACUUUUCAAUGUUUCAGGAAGUAUUAAAAGUGAUGCGCACUAUAGAUGACAGAAUUGUCCAUGCACUUAAUACCACUGUGCCAACUGCAUCCUUUUCAGACAAAGUGGAUGCUACACAGACCUGCAAAGAGCUCUAUGAAUCUCUCAUGGAGGCUCAUCUUUCCAGAGACAAGGCAAUAAAGGCAUGUAUUACAGAGACCUCUGCUGUCGUCGGGCAGUUACGUGAAGAGAGGGCAAAAAAUAGUGACAACAUGUCAAUUAUCAAGCAACUCAGGAAAGAACAAACAAAGUUAAAACUAAUGCAGUCUGAGCUAAAUGUUGAAGAAGUGGUCAAUGACCGUAGUCUGAAGGUUUUCAAUGAAAGGUGUCGAAUUCAUUACACCCCACCCAGGAUUAAGUGACUUCUAUAUCUACAGUCAAAAGUUCACACACACAGUUGUUCUGAGGACCACAUCUUGGGCUGAGCUGGAACAUUCACCCAGAAGUGUCUCUGCUGCUCACGCCAGAAAUCCCAGCCCCCCAGUGUUCUCUGUGGCUUUAUGUUCCUACAGUGAAGGGACACUACUGUAUUACUUUUCAUAUAUUGUACAAAACUGAUUUUAUAAACAAUGAAAUGUUUUCCUAUCACUGCCAUGUUGUUUGUUGUUUACUUGGGUCACAGAUAGAGAGUCUAGUCUGUUCUUAAUUGAUAAAGUAUUGUGUUGGCAGUGUAUAGGUCAUGGGUUCGAUACCCUGGGUAAAAGUCACUUUGGAUAAAAAAUGUGUAAAUAUAGUCAGAAUUUUCAUAUAAUCA